AUGCCAGGGUUCCAGCCACGGUUAGCACUUACGAUGUGGUCGGUUGCAGAAACAGGAAGAGGAGAGAGUGUUUGUCGCGGGUGGGAGCGUGAGAGGGAGCGACAAAGGAGUGUGCAGGUUGCAGCCCUUGGUGCUAUUACCAACAUAGUAGUGGACUUUACACCAAAUAAGUCAACAAUCAUACAAUGUGGAGGCAUUAAAGAGCUUGUCCAUUUGACAAAGUCUAUGGAUUCGUCUUUAAGGUUGAAUGAUGUGUGGUCCUUGCGGAACAUGAUAUUUCUUGCGGAUAAGAUGUGCAAGGAAGCAAUUUUUAUGGAGUUGACUGCUUCUUCAGUAGCUACCCUUAUCUGUGAUCCUGAGCCUUCUUGCCGAUUACUGUUGAAUGCUUCCAACUUUGAGAUUAUUGCUGAAAUUAUUGUGGUUUGUGGGGUUGGAAAGCAUAGAAGUGAAAAAGGGGAAUCAUCAAUUAAAGCAUUGGGUCAGAAGAUGUUGAUGGAGAUGAAAAGUCCACUCAGGAUUGAUAAAAGGAAGAUGGAUGCUUUGUUGGUAAAGACAACAGGAAGCCGAGGAAAUUCAGGGCCUGUUUGUGGUUCUAAAAUAAAUGAGUUACCUAACAACCAUUCAUCAAACACACUGUCUAGGAGUGAAGUUAUUGCUUUCAAAUGGUAG